AUGUCGCAAUUCAACGAGCCCCAAUCAGGCUUUUCGCCGCUGGGCGGUAAAACUUUUGAUAGCCGUCCAGCAGCAUACGCACAACCAUCACCAACUCGUCGAGAUGGCAACCCGAGAGAGCUCUCAAUAGAGAUGCAACAAACGCCAAAAGAGUCUAGCCACCCUCAGAUUCAACCAAGCCGAGUGUCAACAAGCAAUUCUGCAGGCUUCGCAACUAUAGCUUCGCCUCUAUCAGAGAUUGAAGAAAAAUCAUUCCUUAGUUCUGAAAGACGCACAAACACUACCUACGGUACCCAAAUAAAUAAACAAGGAGACACUGCAAAAAGCAAGAAACAAUUAAAACAAAUUCUCAUCGGUGGUCUGACUAGGUGGCUUAUAACAUUGGGAUUCUGCUGUGUUUACAUCCUGGUAAUGAAUUUAUGGCAGCAGAAAUCUGCCAUCAGCCAAAAUCAAAAAAGGUUGUUCAACACGAUUACAACUGGUAACAGUAUUGCGUUGGGAUUAAAUAUCGCAAGCGCAUUUAAUGAAAUGGCAUUGAACAUGCGGUGGCCAGUCUUAGCUUCGGGAAAGCGUAGUAUGGUAGAACUUGAGCAAAUACUUGUAGCCGAUAGUAUGACGAAUCUUGUUCAAUUUAUGUUUGCAACUGGCCGGCCAUUCGUAAUUCUUGCCUGUAUGGCCUGGCUCUUUAUAAAUCUUCUUGCACAAGUCGGAAUCGCAAUACUUUCGCUGACGUCAAGUUUUGAAAAUGAUAUGGAUGCUGUUCAGUGGAAAUCUGGGUUCGCCUCAAUCCCAAUUCUAGAUCACUUCUAUCCUCAAUCGAAUAUGGUCUUCGCAAAAGCAUCUUACCGAGAUGAGCAAUACAUGGCACACAUGUAUGGAUCUUUUGGCUUCAACUACGGCGUAGACCUAGUCAGUUCGCAACCGAAUGCCGGAAAAAUAUACCAGCCAGAGGAUUCAUUGAUUUGGGUUAACAAGGAAAAUAACUAUGCCGAGUUCAUCUUUCUCGACUCUCCAGAAGGAUCACAGAUGCUAGGGUCGUUUUCUGUCUUCACUGAACGAAGAGUAAACGUUACGUAUGAAUGUGAGACACAUCGUGUCACAACUGGAGGAGAUGGAACUGUUCCAAUGAUUACUGUUGAAGGCAUCGGAGAUAUCACACUUUCUCAGACCGUUGCAGACUCGACGACCUUUCUUACGAAAGAGAAACAUAUGUGUGCUAACAAUCGACGGUGCUCGAUCGUAGAGGCAUUCGAAUCCUCAAGUACUGAUCCAUGGUACUACAUAUGUAAUGUCACGCUUGGAGUAACACAGAAUGAUGGAGAAAAACUGUCUGAAAUCCCUGACAAUAUGGCGCGAAUAGCGACCGCUUCCAUCGCCCAGGUCGGGUAUAAAAAUAGAAAUGGAAUAUCAUUUCAAACCUAUCCACGAGAUAGUCCAUGGGGGCGGAAAAUUAAUGGCAGUACAGAUGAAAUUGGCAUGACAAUGGGAAUUUACUCCAUAGCAUCGAUUGCUGGGGCUGCACAGUUCAAUCCUUUCACCAAAUACUUUGGAGAGGCCCCAAGUCAAGGAUUCAUACUAAAGCUCAACCAUCAAUACUUCUUUUACCUCAUAAUUUUCCUUAUAGUCGGCUUCCAUUUUGUACUUUGCAUUUUAACUGCCUUCCUUUCCAACAAGGUCAAGGUUGGACCAUCAGGACAUAUUGGCAUGAGUAUCUUGCUCAAGCCAGUUACCGACCCGCUGGCAAGCAUAAGUGAUGGAUUAGAUGAAAAGAAACUCAGAGACGCCAAACGAAACACAUAUAUUAUUUAUGAGAGAAAUAUGGAAAAUCAGGGUCGUUGGAAUUUCCGAAGCUUUCCCGGAUGA